AUGGGAGGGGGAGUGGGAGCCGCCCCCGCCCCGUCCCCCGCUGGGAUCCCCGCAGCUCCGGGCCCCGCAGCCCCAGGCGCCCCGACGACUGCAGCCCCGGGGACCCCCGCACCCCCCGCCCGGAGCCAGGCGGACAAACCGGUGCUGGCAACCCAAGUUCUGGGCACUGUCAAAUGGUUCAACGUCCGAAAUGGUUAUGGAUUCAUCAACAGGAAUGACACCAAGGAGGAUGUCUUUGUCCACCAGACAGCCAUUAAAAGAAACAACCCUCGGAAGUUUCUGCGAAGUGUUGGGGAUGGGGAAACGGUGGAGUUUGAUGUCGUGGAAGGAGAGAAGGGUGCAGAAGCUGCUAAUGUGACUGGUCCAGGGGGGGUACCAGUGAAGGGCAGUCGCUAUGCUCCCAACCGACGCCGUUUUCGUAGAUUUAUUCCCCGGCCACGCCCUGCUGCACCCCCACCCCUGGUGGCAGAGGCCCCUACAGGGGUAGCAGAGCCAGGUAGUGAAGGGGAACGGGCUGAGGACCCCACUCAGCGACCUCGCCGCCGCCGCCCACCCCCCUUCUUUUACCGACGACGUUUUGUUAGGGGCCCUCGGCCCUCCAACCAGCAGCAGCCUAUGGAGGGUACAGAUGGGGUAGAGCCCAAAGACCCAGCCCCCUUAGAAGGGGACCAGCAGCAGGGAGAUGAACGUGCACCUCCACCCAGAUUCCGACCCAGAUAUCGAAGGCCUUUCCGUCCUCGGCCUCCACAGCAGCCCACCACUGAAGGUGGAGAUGGAGAGACCAAACCCAGCCAGGGUCCCACAGAUGGCUCGAGGCCUGAGCCCCAGCGUCCCCGAAAUCGGCCUUACUUUCAACGUAGGAGGCAACAACCUCCUGGUCCCCGGCAGACUACAGCCCCUGAGGCUGAUAACAAAGAGCCAGUAACCCCAGGCCCACCCCCAGCAGGUGCCCCUACCCAUCAGGAGACCCCAGCAGAGGCAGUCAAGCCCAUGCCACCUCCUGCGGACACACCUUCCCAGCCCCGACUGGAGCCACAGCACCAGCUUGUGGAUACCUCAACCCCAAUAACCAGUGGGGACUCCCCUACCACCUUACUGGAGUGAUUCCAACUAGGGGGACAGCUAGAGCAGCUACCUGGUAUCUGACGACUUUUUCCAACUGCUCCUUCCCUG